AUGCAAAGUCGUUAUGUCUGCGUGCGCUUCGGGCUGUCGAACCGCGGCCACGUGGUGGUGCACGUGGACGACCACAAGUUCAUAAAGCACGAGUGCUACAAGAAGAAGAUCCGCUGGACCUGCUGCAAGCGCAUACAGCUCGGGUGCAAGGCGAGCAUCACCACGCACAACAGCGUCAUCGUGAGAUCGCAUCUGCAGCACAACCAUUCC